AUGGCUGAAGCAUCCCGUUGGCAUGUAGGCGGACCCCCACAUAGUCUACAUUACAGAAAGCAAGAAGAAAUUAAAGCCACAUUUCGGGAGUUAUUGCUCUAUUUUAUAUUUUUAAUAAACUUAUGUAUAUUAACUCUUGGAAUGGUAAACCCACAUGUAUAUUACUUAAACAAAGCUAUGUCAUCUCUAUUUUUGGAGACUUCUAUGCUUGGUGAAGAAAGAACCAACUUUAAGUCUAUUCGCACCAUAACUGAUUUUUGGAAGUUUAUGGAAGGACCCCUUUUGGAAGGUCUGUACUGGGACACCUGGUACAAUGACAUGGACUUGUAUGACUUAAAAAACAGCAGUCGUAUCUACUAUGAGAACAUACUUUUAGGAGUCCCCAGAGUACGCCAACUGAAAGUCCGCAACAACACAUGUUUGGUCUAUUCAUCCUUUCAGACUUUGAUGAAUGAAUGUUAUGACAAAUACACUACUAAAAAUGAAGACUUAGCUGAAUUUGGCCUUAAACUUGAUCCAGAAUGGAAGUACUCUGCUCCUAAUACCAACUCCCCUUGGCACUGGGGAUUUGUUGGUGUUUACAGAAAUGGGGGAUUUAUUUUCACUUUAUCAAAAUCAAAAUCUGAAGCCAGAAACAAGUUUAGGGACCUUCGAGCAAAUAGCUGGAUCACAAGAGGGACCCGAGUUAUUUUUAUUGAUUUUUCCUUAUACAAUGCCAACGUUAAUCUGUUCUGCAUCAUCAGAUUGGUGGCUGAGUUCCCUGUAACUGGAGGAAUACUUACAUCAUGGCAUUUCCACUCUGUGAAGUUCUUCAAAUAUAUCAGCUACUAUGAUUAUUUUAUUGCUUCCUGUGAAAUCAUAUUCUUUAUCUUUUUUAUUGUCUUCAUAAUAGAAGAAGUCAAAAAAUUAAAAGAAUUUAAAUUUGCCUAUUUCAGAAGUAUUUGGAACUGGCUAGAAUUACUACUUUUGUUGUUGUGCUCCAUGACCAUUAUCUUCAACUUACAAUGUAUUAUAAAUAGUUUUCUUUUCCUUGAUUUGUUGUUACAAAAUACAGAAGACUAUUCAGACUUUCAUUUUCUUGCAUACUGGUACAUCCAUUACAACAACGUCAUUGCUGUUACCAUCUUCUUUGCAUGGCUAAAGAUAUUCAAAUUCAUAAGCAUUAAUGAAACAAUGUCUCAGCUGUCAUCAACCUUGGGCCGAUGUUUCAAAGACAUAGCAGGACUUGCUGUCAUGUUCUUUAUAAUAUUCUUCGCUUAUGCUCAAUUAGGAUAUCUUGUUUUUGGAUCACAGGUUGAGGACUUUUCCACCUUUCAAAAUUCCAUAUUUACACAAUUUCGAAUUUUCCUUGGAGAUUUUAAUUUUGCUGAUAUUCAGCAAGCCAAUCGUGCCUUGGGACCCAUUUAUUUCAUCACUUUCAUCUUUUUUGUGUUCUUUGUCUUGCUGAACAUGUUCUUGGCAAUUAUUAAUGACACCUAUUCUGAAGUGAAAGCUGAUUAUUCAAUAGGCAGAAAGCCAGAUUUUGAACUUGGUAAAAUGAUAAAGGAGACUUACAACAAUGCUCUGGAAAAACUCAACUUAAAGAAACCUGAAACGGAUGAAGGAGAUUUGACAGAAAAGGCCGGAAAAGAAGGCUUUGAUAAUCAGGAGGUUCAAAGUGCAAAGAGGAUGAAAAAGUGGAAAGAGAGGCUUGAGAAAAAGUAUGAUUCUGAAGAUAUUGAAGAUGACUAUCAGCCAGUCACUCAGCAAGAAUUUCGAGAACUCUUUUUAUAUGCUGUGGAACUGGAGAAAGAACUACGCUACGUCAGUUUAAAACUGAACCGAGUAAUGAAAAAGAUUUCAACUACUUAA